AUGCUAGCACCCACUUCAUCUGCAUCUCUUGUUUCUCAAGAGAAUUACUCAGAACAUUCUAAUGCUACACCUUCGGAUUCGUUAUCGAAUGCAACAGUAAAUGACGAAGAAGAUGUUAAUAGCAAUAAUAAUUUUUCGUCAUAUCCUACAACAUUUUUAUUAUAUUACUGGGCAAUAUUUUGCACUUUUAUAUCAAAUAUUUUCAGUAAGACGAGUUUACAAUCCUCUUCAUAUAUGACACGGGGACCAAUAACAACAAUAACACCGGAUACGAAUAAUAAUAAUAUAAAUCAAUCACAACAGCCAUUACGUCGUUCUCCACGUUUUAAACCCAAAAAACAAUUGCAGCAAACCUUAGCAACUAUCGAAGAAUUAAAAACAUCCAAUUCGGUGAUUCGAAUGAAACAUAACAAGAAACAAUUUAAUCAAACAGCAUUAUCCCCAUCAAUGAUGACAUCUUUGUUGAAAGCAAAAACACUUAUUUUGGACUUGGAUGAAACUUUGGUACAUUCUACAUCUAGAGGGGCAAGAACGGAUGCACACAUGAUUGAGGUUAUGGUAGAUAAUCAUGCAUGUUUAUAUUAUAUGCAUAAAAGACCACAUGUAGACCAUUUCUUGAAAAAGGUUAGUGAAUGGUAUAAAGUGAUAAUUUUCACUGCUUCUAUGCCAGAAUAUGCGGAUCCAGUAAUAGAUUUGUUGGAUCCAAAUAGAAAUUUGAUAUCACGAAGACUUUUCCAUUUGACAAUUGUUGAACCUGAUCUUUCAAGGGUUUGCAUAGUAGAUAAUUCACCCAUUUCAUAUGCAAUGCAUCAAGAAAAUGGGAUACCAAUCGAAGGUUGGAUUAAUGAUCCAUUUGAUGAAGCAUUAUUAGAUUUGUUACCAUUUCUAGAUGCAUUAAGAUUCACAGAGGAUGUGAGAUCUAUACUUUCUUUACAAACUUAUUGA